CCCUGGCGCAAUUCACACAAGCCGCUGUUACGGAAGGGAAAGGGUAUCAGCCCACUAGCCUGCCAGGUCUGCAGCAGAUGCGUUGACCCACCGAAAGGAGGAUCCCCAUCACGGGAGACCUUGUUUUACGCCGAGGGACCCCUCUCUCUCCUGGGGGAGGAAAGAUGAACCCCUCCGCCAUGGCGCAGUCGGCCCCGCUGUUCCCAAACCUAAGCGCCAGCACCAGCAAGCCGGCCGCCGCGCUGGGCUCCGACAUGGAGCUGCAGAAACUGUUAAUUGAUGAGAGGAUGAGAUGUGAGCACCACAAGACCAACUACCAGACGCUCAAGGCAGAGCACACCAGGUUACAGGGUGAGUUCACACGGGCGCAGGAUGAGCUGAAGCGGUUGCUCAGUGAGAGGCAGAGCACUCAGGAGAAGCAUCAGCUGCUGCUGGCAGAGCUGCAGGGGGAGCUGCUGGACAAGACCAGGGAGCUGGAGGAGCUCAGGAUGCAGGCCCUCACCCCUCAGAAGCUGGAGCUGCUGAGAGCUCAGAUUCAGCAGGAGCUGGAGGGCCCUGUGAGGGAACGCUUCAACAAGCUGGAGGAGGAAACUGAGAAGUACAGGUCAGAGUUCAACAAACUGCGGUAUGAGUAUACUUUCUUGAAGUCCGAGUUUGACCACCAGAGGGAGGAACAUGCUCGUGUUCUUGAAGAGAGGAAGAUUCGCUUUGAUGCUGAGAUAUCCCGGUUGGAGAAAGAUAAGGAGGACCUGAGUGCGCAGCUGCUGAGCUCAGACCCGUCCCGGGACAGCAAGCGCGUGGAAGUCCUCCUCCGGGACAAGGCCCAGCUACACCUGCGGCUCAAAGGCCUGGAGGCCGAGGUAGCGGAGCUCCGAGCCGAGAGGGACAGCUCCGGCACGCAGGCCGAAAAUGUUCAGAGGAUCCAGGUCCGCCAGCUAGCUGAGUCCCAGGCUGCUGUCAAGGCCCUGGAGGCGGAGAAGCAGUCGCUGCGCCUGCAGCUGGAGCGUCUGGAGGGUGAGCUGCGGCUCAGCCAUGAGCAGAACUCCCAGCUGACCGGCCGGCUGCACAAGGCCGAGCGUGAGGUCAGCCUGCUGAGCAGCCAGGUGGAGCAGAUGAAGCACUCCCACAAGCUGGAGGUGUCCAAUGUGAAGCUGGAGAGCGUUAGGGCCAGGGGGGAGCUGGAGAGGGAGAGGGACGCCCUGCAAAGCCAGAUAGAAGGGCUGCAGGGGGACCUGGAGGUCCUGAAGGAGACGGUGGAGCGAAAUAAGGAGCUCCUGGUGGAGAAGGAGCGUGAGGUGAUCCGCAGAGUGCAGGCCGCACGAGAGGAAGAGUUUCACAAGAUGGCUGCCAUUCAGGAGGAGAAGCUGGAGCUGGAGAACCGCAUGUCUGAGCUGGAACAGCAGAGGGCGUUGCAGGAGGCGGCAGAGAGCUCGCUGAAGGAGGAGUGGGAGGGCCGAGUCCGGUCUGCCCAACUAGGCGAAGAGACUGCCAGGAGGGAGGUGCAGAGCCUGAGGUCCAAGGUGCAGCAGCUGGUGCUUCAGCUGGAGGAGCUGGAGAGAGAGAAGGUGGAAAAUGGGAACCUCAGACAGAGGAACCAGGAGCUGAACAUGCAGCUGGGCACUCUGGCUCACUCUGAGAGCGAGCUGCUGGAGGCCAACCACAGGCUGCGGGAUGCUGCAGACAGGCUGAAGGAGGAGCUGAGGAACGCGCGUUGCCAGGCCGAGAGGGCCCAGCACGAGGCCGAGAGGGCGCUGGAGGAGCGGCGUGUGGAGUGGCUGGAAGAGAAGCACAAGCUACAGGAGAGGGACGCUGAGCUGCAGGAGAAGUACAGCCAAGCCAAGGAGCGGCUGCACCGGGCAGCGCUGGCCCAAAAGAAGAGGAAGACCAUGAGUGAGAACAAAGAGAAGAGGCUCUAUGAUAAAAUCCAGCUGCUGGAGGCCAAAAUCUCCGAGCUGGAGCUGGAGACAAGCGCAGCAAACAAGUACCAGCCUUUACACUAUUCUGCUGAACAAGGGAACUGCUCAGACACACAGCUCACAGUUUGCAGGGGGUCCAUUUUAUUUUAAGAAGUUUUGUCAAUUUGUACUUCAGUUAGUAGUGCUUGUGGUUGUCUUCCUGUGACUUCCUGCAGCACAUGAUGAACUGUCCCAGCGGUAGCUUAUUACUCAAAUAAGAUCUUCACAGCAAGUGCUACACCCAUCCUGAUGCAAACGUGAUUUUCACACCCAACACUCUAAAGCAUAUAUAUA